GCUGGUGCUGGCGUCAAGCGGAGGGAUGGGCUGGCUCUGCUUGACCCGGCAGGGCUUGUUUACUAUGGCUGAUGAUCUGGAGCAGCAGCCUCAAGGCUGGCUGAGUAGCUGGCUGCCUACUUGGCGCCCCACUUCCAUGUCUCAGCUGAAGAAUGUGGAAUCCAGGAUCCUCCAGUGUCUCCAGAACAAGUUCCUGGCCAGAUACAUUUCCCUCCCAAACCAGAACAAGAUCUGGACGGUGACCGUGAGCCCCGAGCAAAAGGAUCGCACGCCCCUGGUGAUGGUGCAUGGCUUCGGGGGUGGCGUGGGCCUCUGGAUCCUCAACAUGGAUUCGCUGAGUGCCCGCCGCACGCUUCACACCUUCGACCUGCUUGGCUUCGGGCGAAGCUCAAGGCCGACGUUCCCGAGGGACCCAGAGGGGGCUGAGGACGAGUUUGUGACCUCGAUAGAGACAUGGCGGGAGACCAUGGGGAUCCCCAACAUGAUACUCCUGGGGCACAGUUUGGGAGGAUUCUUGGCCACUUCUUACUCUAUCAAGUACCCUGAAAGGGUAAAACACCUCAUCCUGGUGGACCCAUGGGGCUUUCCCCUUCGACCGACCGACCCCAAUGAGGUCCGUGCUCUCCCAACGUGGGUCAAGGCCGUGGCAUCUGUCCUAGGGCGUUCCAAUCCUUUGGCUGUUCUUCGAGUAGCUGGGCCCUGGGGGCCUGGCCUGGUGCAGCGAUUCCGGCCGGACUUCAAGCGCAAGUUUGCGGACUUCUUUGAAGAUGACACCAUAUCAGAGUAUAUCUACCACUGCAAUGCACAGAAUCCCAGUGGUGAGACGGCAUUCAAAGCCAUGAUGGAGUCCUUCGGCUGGGCCCGGCGCCCCAUGCUGGAGCGUAUUCACUUGAUUCGGAAGGAUGUGCCCAUCACCAUGAUCUAUGGGGCCAACACCUGGAUAGAUACCAGCACAGGAAAAAAGGUGAAGUUGCAGCGACCGGAUUCCUACGUCCGAGACCUGGAGAUUGAGGGUGCGUCGCACCACGUCUAUGCCGACCAGCCACACAUCUUCAAUGCCGUGGUGGAGGAGAUCUGCAGCUCGGUGGAUUGAACUGCUCUCUCUAGAGGAAGAGGAGAAAGCCAGAGAGUCACUCUCGCCUCCCUGUCUGCUUACUCGCCCUUCUGUCCUUUCCUCACCAACUAAUACGUGCCAGCCUGGCAGAGCCUUGGGCUGUCCCCGGGACAGGACCACAGUGACAAAGAGCACCCCUGACCCCAUGCUAAGGGCUGGAGGUGGAGCCACAAGAGGCCUUGAGUGCCCCACCCUGGGGAAGAACAUAAAGGGUUGCACAGUGUCACCCAUUCUCUCCAUGCCAAGUGUUGCCUAGAUAGUGGUUGUGAAGGAUUGUACUGAGCUACAUUCCCUCCCUGUGCGGCCUUUUCUUUCUCUGGGUAAAGGAGGACUCCCAGCCACCUUUCCUGGCUCUAGAGUGUUUGUGGGGGUAGGUUCCGUGCAAGAACAUCUUCCGCCUCCAUCAUUCCAUUACCCCCAUCCCAUGCCAGUUCCAUCCAGGGUCUGGCUGGGACUGGUUCCCACUUAACUACCAAGAGCAGGUGCUAGGCCGGGUGCAGUGGCUCACGCCUGUAAUCCUAGCACUCUGGGAGG